UACUAGAAACAAUAUAUGAAGAAUCAUUUUAUAAAAAGAAACAAAAAUUUAAUUUUAAUAAUAAUAUUUAUAAUAUAAAUAAUAUAACAAAUAUGAAAGAUCAUGUGUGUGUCGAUAUUCACGGUCAUCAUACCGAUAUUAUUUUGAAAGUUUACAGUAACCGUUUAUUGUUAAUUGUAACACAAUUUAAAAAAUUUGGAUCACUAAUAUCUAUAAGUCGUGGAUCUUCAUUUAAUCAAUACAAUAAUAGUAUAUAUUCUACUAAGGUAUUAUUUGGAAAAGAUGAUGUUGAAGUUAUAGCAGCUGCCCGCUAUAUAACAGAACAGAUUAAUACAGAUAAACCAUUAUUAAUUUCAAUAUCUUUGAAAAAUUAUGAUUCAAAUAUUUUGAAAACAAUAGUUACUACUAUAAAUAAUAUGAUAGCAUAAUAAUAUUAUAAAGAAAUAAAUUAAAUAUGAGUUUAAUAUUUGGUCAAUUAGUUAUAGGUCCACCUGGAAGUGGAAAAACUACAUAUUGUCAUGCAAUGGCUAAAUUUUUAGAAAAACUUGGGAGAAAAGUAGCUAUUAUUAAUAUUGAUCCUGCAAAUGAAAACAUGGAAUAUUCACCUAUAAUAAAUAUAUCUGAAUUGAUAAAACAUGAAGAAGUGAUGUCACAUUAUGGACUUGGUCCAAAUGGCGCAUUAGUUUAUUGUAUGGAAUUUUUAGAAGCUAAUAUUAAGUGGUUAAUUACAAAAGUUUUAAAUCUAAAAGAUCAUUAUCUUAUAUUUGAUUGUCCAGGACAGGUUGAAUUAUAUACACAUCAUAAAUCAGUUAGUAUAAUUGCAGAAAAAUUAGGACAAAAUUUAAUAAGAUUAUGUAGUGUACAUCUUGUUGAUUCUCAUCACUGUAGUGAUGCUGGUAAAUAUUUAUCUUCCUUAAUUCUUUGUACAACGACUAUGUUAAAAUUAGGUUUACCUCAUAUUAAUGUGAUGACCAAAUUUGAUGAAAUGAAAAAAUUUAAACAUUGCUUAGAUUUUAAUAUAGAUUUUUAUACUGAAGUAUUGGAUUUAAAAUAUUUGCUAGAUAAAUUGGAUGAAAAUCCAUUUACAUCAAAAUACAAGAAACUAAAUGCAGCUUUUGUGUCAUUAAUAGAGGAUUACAGUCUUGUCAGUUUUAUACCAUUAGAUAUUUCUAAUCAAGCACUGUUAUUACAAGUAAAAAAUGCAGUGGAUAAAGCUAAUGGAUAUAUAUUUGGUGGAAAUGAACCUCAAGAUGUUCAAACUUUACUUGCUUGUGCUGUAGGAGCAGUGAGUGAAACUGAAAAAAUAUCUACAAUAGAUACAUAUUUUUAAAAUAUUUUUUUUAAGUUUUUUGUUUAUUUUAUAAAAAUCAAUUAAUUUCAUUAUUAUAUCUGUAUAUUCUAUUAUAUAUUAAUAAAACUUUGCUAUAUAUUAAAUAAAAUAUAAAUUAAAUUAAUAAAUAUUUUUACACACUUA